ACCUAGCAUCAUUUAUACAACAUUUCUUCCCACCACAUCCUCUAGGUGGGUACUCUACUGAAGUUGGUUGGUUCUUCAGUUCCAGUGGAUGAGUCUCAUUCUCUUCUGGAACCUCUCCUCAGAGAUAAGUCCAAGGUGGGGGUGAUGGCAGGGCAGGCGUGGCAGGAGAUCCAGAGCGUCGUCUCUCUCUUUCGUCUCCUGGGGGGUAAGGAGCAGGUGUUACUCCACCCCGCACUCUCCCCCGCCUACCACCAUUACUCCGGAGUAGUCUUCUCCGUGUUCCAGACGACGGGGGAGGUCCAUAGGGGUCAACGACGUCAUCGGAGCAGGGUUAUACCUGUUGCUAUUGGUGGGAGAUACGACAGACUGCUGAGUGGCCUCAAGUCCAGUGGGGGCGGAGUCUCUCCUGGAAUGGGCGUGGUUGGCAUGGGUGUGGUUGGGGAGGAGAUUAUGAGAGGCGUGACAUCUGAAUACCAACAUGGAAGGUGUCCAGUGACCAAGAGCAGUGUCCUGGUGUGCUGGCUGGGGCACGAGUCACUGCAGGCUCAGUGUUUGAAGCUGGUCACGCAGCUGUGGUCUCACGGGGUGGCAGCUGACUUGGUAUACGAGAACCAGGAGCUAGACUCCCUGGAAGACAUUCAGGAAUUCUGCCGCCGGAGUCUGAUACCUCACAUUGUGGUGUUGAGUGACAAGGAGCUGUUUUUUGAGAGGAAGCAGGUUAGAUUGAGGUCACUGGAAGCCAACGGGAAGACGUCGGAGCGAGUCCUGGGCGUGGCGGAGCUACCAGAGUUUCUUCUGCAGCAGAGAUACAGUACGGACCGCAGCGACUCUGUAGAGACUCAGACAACCACCAGAUCAGGGGGAGGCCCCUCUGGUUCAGACUCGUUUCCCUCCAACGCACGACCACCAGUCAGUGUGACUGUUUUGUCGACCUCUAAGCUGAGUGGCCGCAACAAGAGAAAGAUCCAUGAUGCUACUCGGACAGCUGCUCUGGCCAUUGCUGGAGACGUUCCCUCCGAACAGCUCUGGAGAUAGUGGUGGUGGACCUUAAAAGUGAUGUCCUGUGUUCUUUGGCUGCGGAAGUCAAUGUAAGCUCUCUCUCUAUAUAGCUGCUCAUGAUUCCUCAUUUGGCGGGACGGCUAAUGACAGUCCCCACACUAAGGAUUUGUUCUGAAAACUGAUCCUGAUAACAGGAAUUUGAGUGUGUGUGUGUGUGCAUGUGUCACCGUUCUUGUGAAACUGUGUGUGCGUCAGUAAAGCAUGACUACCGCCCAAUACUUGGAAUAGGGACGGUGUAGCUUCGGAACCUAGGCCUUCCUGUUUAUGCCUGCGCAUCAUGUACAUUUGGAUUAUGGUAUACAUGAUGGUGGUCUUGUUAGUCUGAAGGCCGCCACGAUACGCAACGCAACUUUGUUGUUGCGUGAGUUAAAAUCUUAUGCAGUAACGUCAUUGUGUGGGUAUGAAGUCCGUAGAGAAAAGAAAUGGAGCCUUUUGUAUUGUGUGUUGCAUGGACUAUCAUGGGGAUAAAGUGCAAUGGAGCAUUGCCACACGCACGUUUCUUGGUGUGUCUUGGCCAAGAUACUAUAACGUAGAAGGAGUAUUGGCUUGGGGAUUUCGCUAUGGUUGAUGUUACUUCAUGUAGCGAUGUCCCUUUCAUGUCUCUGUUUCUCUCCGUGGUUCCAGAGAAAGAUAUGUGGACCAGACGGCGGAGAUAUGGUGUCGGUUGUCAAGUCCCUCACCGAGAGACACUCGGCGCUAAACAAGAAGUACGUCACUAGAGUCUGCGAGAGUAUUGAGGAACUUCUGCAGAAAAGAGUGUCCAUGGUAUUUGUGUACAGCCACUCUUCGGAACACUGUCAGACUAUUCUGAACUCUCUCGAGUCACUCGGCAACCUUCACAUCACUGCUUCAUGAUCUCAAUCAUGCAUGCGACAUCAUUGCUGUAUCACAUGAUCCUCACACUUGGUCACGUGACCUCGUCCGUCACAAACAUUCAUACAAUGAGUCACCCAGUUCACAAUGUGUGUAUGUUUAUUUAUUACAUUUUUUAAUUCCGUGGUGGUUAA